AUGCGGCUCGCCGGGCUUUGGCUUCUCUAUCGCGUGACUCUCGCGCUGUACAAUAUCUCGCCAUUUCACCCACUCUCCCGAUUUCCUGGCCCGAAGCUGGCGGCCAUGACGUUUCUUUACGAGUUCUGGUAUGAAGGUAUCCGCGGGGGAAAGUAUACCUGGGAGAUUCAGCGAAUGCAUGAGAAAUACGGUCCAGUUGUGCGUAUCAACCCCGAAGAGCUUCACUGCGACGACGGGGAAUUUAUCGAGGAGAUCUACGCCGGUGGAGGGCGCAUCCGUGACAAGCAACAGCAUUUCUUGAACCCCACUGCCGGCGCGCUUGCGUAUUCGAGUUUUGGCACCAGAUAUCACGAAAUCCACCGUACCCGCCGCAAUGCAGCGAAUAAGUCCUUUUCGCGCACUCAGAUGAAGAAGCUGGAGCCCGAAAUUCACGAACUGUGUCAGCAAUUUAUCGAAAAGCUCUUGAAGUGGAGGGAGCCUAUCAACCUAACCAUGGCGUAUGGCUGUUUCACUGCCGAUGCUAUUACAAAGUACUGCUUUGGUGAGACUGCCGGAUUCAUAUCUCAAGAUGGCUGGAAAAGGAACCACAGAGCGGCAUUGGAGGGCUUUACUCAGUCGAUGUACAUCCUGAGAUACGUACCAUGGACCAGACAGAUGGUCCAUGUCGCCCCAUACAUCCAAGACUACCUACCCGAGCACAUGGGCAAUCUCUUCAAAGAACUUACCGUCAACAUGCCCCGUUAUGUCCGCGAGGCUACACAGGGCGAAACCCAGGGGCGCGUAUUCUCUCAUCUCAUCGAGUCCGACAUGCCCGACUCCGAGAAAACGAUUUUUCGUUUGUCCGGAGAAGGCUUCUCAUUCAUUACGGCGGGCAUGGAGACGACCGCGGCCAUCAUCGCUUUUAUUACAUACCAUCUCCUUACGAAACCUGAAAUCCGAAAGCGACUGGAGGAUGACUUGCGCGACGUUGACCCCUUCCACCUCGACUGGCAGAACCUCGAGGGGCACCUGUAUCUCUACGGCGUGAUUCAAGAGGGCCUGCGCAUGGGCUACGGUAUAUCCCAGCGGUCCCCGCGCAUCGCCCGAACCGAAGACCUUGUUUAUAAAUCGGAGGACGGCCAAUACCAAUAUGUCAUACCCAAGGGAACUCCGAUCGGAGAGAGCUCACGUAUCCUGCACCACAACCCUAAAUACUUUCCCGAUCCGUUCAAGUUCAAACCGGAACGCUGGAUCACGAAAGACAGGCAGAGGAAUGUGCAUCUGGAAAAGUACAUUUUAAGCUUCUCCGCGGGAAGUCGUAUAUGCUUGGGAAUCAAUCUUGCAAUUUGCGAGUUGAACCUCUUAGUGGCAGCGCUCACUCUACGCGUCUUUCCGAAGAUGAGAUUAUACGAGACCACUGCCGACGAUGUCAGAUACGACCACGAUCUCAUGAUUCCAAUGCCUCUCAAAGGCUCCAAAGGUAUCCGAGCUGUCGUCCUCCCUUCUCUCUUCUGUCCCAACCGACGCAAAGAACUCUCUGACAUGGCUCUUGUCGCCGAAGCUCAAGUUGCUCCUCUUGAGCCCCUUGGAAUUAACGAGGUCAAAGAGGCCGAAUACUUCUAUAUGCCUGAUCUCCUACGCAAUCUUCCUUGGAAUAAUGGUGUGAACAAACACUAUGCAGAGGUCAAGGUUCAGUCAGAUGCAUGGUUAGGAAGCCUGCGACACAUCUCCCCGAAGGAACAAGCGAUAUACAACAGCAUGGAUUUCUCUUUCCUAGCUGCCGCUUUCUGUCCUGGACUUUUACUGAUACGACCGACAGAGUCUCUGCGCGAUUGUGCCGACUUGAUGAAUACCUUCUUCGUCAUUGAGGAGCAGACUGACAACGAGCCCCUGGAUGUAGUGCAAGAACGAUGUGACAUGUGCGUUGAUGCUGUCAUGAAUCCUCACAAGCCCCGGCCCAAGGGUGAGAACAUUCUGGGUGAAGUUACUCGACAGUACGUUGAGACUGUCAUAUUCGGAUAA